AUGGGUGGGAAGAUGGGUGGGAAGGGGAAUGGGAAGGGGGAUGGGAAGGUGGAUGGGAAGAUGGGUGGGAAGAUGGGUGGGAAAGGGGAUGGGAAGAUGUGUGGGGAGGCGAAUGGGAAGGGGAAUGGGAAGAUGGGUGGGAAGGGGAAUGGGAAGGGGGAUGGGAAGAUGGGUGGGAAGGGGAAUGGGAAGAUGUGUGGGGAGGGGAAUGGGAAGGGGAAUGGGAAGAUGUGUGGGGAGGGGAAUGGGAAGAUGGGUGGGAAGGGGAAUGGGAAUGGGAAGAUGUGUGGGAAGGGGAAUGGGAAGGGGAAUGGGAAGAUGUGUGGGGAGGGGAAUGGGAAGGGGGAUGGGAAGGGGAAUGGGAAGGUGGAUGGGAAGAUGGGUGGGAAGAUGGGUGGGAAAGGGGAUGGGAAGAUGUGUGGGGAGGCGAAUGGGAAGGGGAAUGGGAAGAUGGGUGGGAAGGGGAAUGGGAAGGGGGAUGGGAAGAUGGGUGGGAAGGGGAAUGGGAAGAUGGGAAGAUGUGUGGGGAGGCGAAUGGGAAGGGGAAUGGGAAGAUGGGUGGGAAGGGGAAUGGGAAGGGGGAUGGGAAGAUGUGUGGGGAGGGGAAUGGGAAGGGGAAUGGGAAGAUGUGUGGGGAGGGGAAUGGGAAGAUGA